UAUUCGUGUGAGAGGAAUGAAGCUGUGAAGACAUUUCUCCUUGAUGGCAUAAAAGAAAAGUUUUCAAGUGCUCAUUCUCCAAGAAAAUUGCUGAGAGCUGUCCAUCGCUACUAUGAAAGCAGGCGCCGCCUUUUUAAUGAUAUUCAACCUGGAAGGCUUCAUAUUGCAAGAAAGACUAAAAAGAAGUCGAGGAACAAGGCACACAGAAAGCUGCUUUAUGAAAGGAGGAAGCGGGUAUUGAAAAAGGAGAAAGAGCGAGACCGAUGGACGGCAAUUGAUUUCGAAUACAUGACAGAGGAAAGUGAUGGAGAGGAGCAAGUCAGGCAGCAUAAACUUCCA